AUGUCAGAUCCCUACGACUACAUCAUCGUCGGCGGCGGCCUCACCCGCUGCGCCCUGGCUGGCCGACUGUCUUCUAAGAACUCAUCGCUACGAAUCCUCAUCAUCGAAGCGGGCCCCAAUGUAGCCAGGCAUAACGGUUCUCACGAAUACACUGGCGUGGAAACCGCCAUUGGUGAGAUAUACAACGCAUCCAAAGAAGUGAUCAUAUCCGCUGGCGCCUACCGCACCCCACAGCUCCUCAUGCUCUCUGGAAUCGGACCCGCCGAAGGACUCUCGCGCCAUGAUAUUCCAGUCCUCGUGGAGUCCCAUGACGUAGGCCGCAACCUCCAUGACCACUUCUGCUUCCCGCAGUGGUGGAAGCUUCACCACCCGGAGCAGGGUCUUGCGACGGGGACCCCGCUGUGGACUAGUCCUGCAUACGCCAUGGGUAUGCCGCUCGAUUGGAAUGUUACUCUGCAGACCCCCACCGAGGAUUUGAGGCGGGCAUUGCGUGUUGAUGAAGGAGAUGCAGAGUCGCCGAAGGAUCAUCCAUACCUCAAUCCCGCGUUCGCACACGCCGAGGUUAUUGUAAUCUAUGCGCCAAUAAGCGAGGGAUAUGCUGAGUUCGAAGCUGCGAUGGACGGCACUCAUAUAAGUACACUGGUCCUGUUGAUGGCUCCAACGUCUCGUGGGCAGAUUAAGCUUGCAGAUGCGGACCCAGCAAGUGCACCAGUCAUCGACCCGAAUUAA